CCCAAGAGGCCUGAGCAGCGUUUGCCCCCAGCCCCCUGUGGGGCCCUGGGGCCCCCCGAAACCUCCAGGACGGAGCCAGAAGGGGCGGGCACCAUGAACAAGUUACGGCAGAGCCUGCGGCGGCGGAAACCAGCCUACGUGCCGGAGGCGUCGCGCCCCCACCAGUGGCAGGCGGAUGAGGAUGCGGUGCGCAAGGGCACUUGCAGCUUCCCAGUCAGGUACCUGGGCCACGUGGAGGUGGAGGAGUCCCGGGGGAUGCACGUGUGUGAAGACGCUGUGAAGAAGCUGAAGGCGAUGGGCCGGAAGUCCGUGAAGUCCGUUCUUUGGGUGUCAGCCGAUGGGCUCCGAGUGGUGGAUGACAAGACCAAGGACCUGCUAGUAGACCAGACCAUCGAAAAGGUCUCCUUUUGUGCCCCUGACCGCAACCUGGACAAGGCUUUCUCCUACAUCUGCCGUGACGGUACCACCCGCCGAUGGAUCUGCCACUGUUUCCUGGCACUCAAGGACUCUGGCGAGAGGCUGAGCCACGCGGUGGGCUGUGCCUUUGCCGCCUGCCUGGAGCGGAAACAGCGGCGGGAGAAGGAAUGCGGGGUGACGGCCGCCUUCGAUGCCAGCCGCACCAGCUUCGCCCGCGAGGGCUCCUUCCGCCUGUCGGGCGGCGGGCGGCCCGCUGAGCGAGAGGCCCCCGAGAAAAAGAAAGCAGAGGCAGCAGCUGCCCCAUCUGCGGCUCCUGGCCCUGCCCAGCCUGGGCAUGUGUCCCCGACGCCGGCCACCACAUCCCCUGGGGAGAAGGGUGAGGCGGGCACCCCGGUGGCCGCAGGCACCAGUGCAGCUGCCAUCCCCCGACGCCACGCCCCCCUGGAGCAGCUGGUUCGCCAGGGUUCCUUCCGCGGGUUCCCAGCACUCAGCCAGAAGAACUCACCUUUCAAACGGCAGCUGAGCCUACGGCUGAAUGAGCUGCCGUCCACACUGCAGCGCCGCACUGACUUCCAGGUGAAGGGCACAGUGCCUGAGAUGGAGCCCCCUGGAGCCAGUGACAGUGACGGCAUCAAUGCUCUGUGCACACAGAUCAGCUCGUCUUUCGCCAGUGCUGGAGCACCCGCACCUGGGCCACCACCAGCCUCAGCAGGGACUUCUGCCUGGGGUGAGUCCUCCGUGCCCCCUGCAGCGGCCUUCCAGCCCGGGCACAAGCGAACCCCUUCGGAGGCCGAGAGGUGGCUAGAGGAGGUGUCCCAGGUGGCCAAAGCGCAGCAGCAGCAGCAGCAGCAGCAGCAGCAGCAGCAAGCGGCCUCAGUGCCCCCUGUGGCCCCUGCCCUGCAGCCCUUUCCCGCCCCCGUGGGGCCCUUCGACGCUACACCUGCACAGGUGGCCGUGUUCCUGCCGCCCCCACACAUGCAGCCCCCUUUUGUGCCCGCCUACCCGGGCCUGGGCUACCCGCCCAUGCCCCGGGUGCCCGUGGUGGGCAUCACACCCUCACAGAUGGUGGCCAAUGCCUUCUGCUCAGCCGCCCAGCUCCAGCCCCAGCCAGCCACCCUGCUCGGGAAAGCCGGGGCCUUCCCACCCCCGGCCAUGCCCACUGCCCCGGGGGGCCAGGUCCGCCCACGCCCCAAUGGGGCACCCUGGCCCCCAGAGCCAGCACCUGCCCCGGCCCCCGAAUUGGACCCCUUUGAGGCUCAGUGGGCAGCGUUAGAAGGCAAACCUGCUGUAGAGAAGCCUUCCAACCCCUUCUCGGGCGACCUGCAGAAGACUUUCGAGAUUGAACUGUAG